AUGACUUCAAACGACACUUCACCAGCCCCUGCGGCACCCGCGCAACCCGGGAUGUCUAAUAUUGGAUCUAUGCCGCUCGCCAACAUCCCACUAACAACGUCUGGCCCACUCUCCGACGCACAUAAACAACUUGUGAUCGACAGCAUCCUACCCAUCGUCCUUGCCGCAGCGAAACAGCAACGACCCGACAAACCCAUCACCCCGGACAAACUGCUCGAACUAAAAGCAAAGUUCACGGAUGAUCUAUGUCGGUGGUGGAUCAACAAAGCUCACGAGGUGAAGAGGGAAUAUCUCGCACGGGGGCUGCCGCUGCCGGGCGCGAAGAGGGAGUUGGAAGGUGAUGUAGAGGGACAGGGGAGAGAAAAGAGGGCGAAGAUAGAGGAAGACGAUGAGAGGGAUGUCGAGAUGCUCGUCGAUGCCCACACUCGUACACAGAGUGUGGUGACGGGCGAGGUGUUGUCCCCGCCGGCGUUCUCCGAGCCAGCGUCUCCGUCCAAGGAGGACGAUGUGGACAUGUUCUCGCCGCCAGAAGUGCCCUCAGAACCUGCCAAAUCUGUGGAUCCCUCCGAGGAGGAGGAACCAGAUGAGAUAGAUAUGGAUCUCGACUCUGAUGUUGACGAAUCCCCACCUCCGCCUCCACCUGUUCUUGCAUCUAAACAGCCUACACCCGCCUCCGAAGCACCAACUGCGCCAGACAAACCAGAUGUCUCGUCAGCCGGACCCUCCCCAGAUGCCGCUCCUGUACCUCAACCGUCUACUGCAGAAGAGCAGCGUCCUAUACUUGCCUUCAUUACUGCCCCGCCCAAAGACCCUUCACCGGUUGAUGUCCCACCUCCUCCAGAAGCUCCCGACGGUUCGCCUACCGUCUCUCGACCCACACCUGCUUCUCAAACCGCGCCAGAGCCUGUCGCCGACUCUGCACAGACAUCCGUUCCCGAUCCCUCACCGCAGCCCGAUCCGGCUUCCGCAUCGGCACAACUAGUGUCACCAACAGAACCUACGCCAGCGUCAGCAUCGACGAUCGCUGCCGAACCAGGACCCGCGGCCGCAGAAACGAUUGCUGAACCCAUCCCGCCAGAACCAGAGCUCGUCUACGCGACGGUACCCGGCAUUUGGGGUAUCAAACCCGGCAUGAAGACGUCCACGACGCUCGAAUUUGAACUCGUUAUCGACGACGCGACGUACGAUGCUGCAAGACGGUGGGCUGCGAGAUGGGAUACGUUCACCGACGGACCAGCGGACUCAUUCGUUUCUGUACGGUUGCAUUGUCUACCGAUCGCACAGGUUCAAGAGCUUGAUGCGGAAGUUCGUGCGGGCUCACGCCCGUCGGCACCUGCGGAUGUUGCGGAUGCUAUGGCGAAGCUAUCUAUCACGUGGCCGGCACUUGGCACGCUAAUGAUCACCAACGGUAAACAGUCGUUGUGCGGCGACAUCUUCAAACCUGGAACACCUUUGGACGUGUCGUCACUCAUCCAACCCGGCAUCAACACCUUGCGCCUCUUCCUCAUCGGGGCCUCCCACAUGGACAAGGUGUACGCGCUACACGCCACCCAGCCAAGUGCGGACGAGACAAGAGCGGUUGCGGAGGUAUGGAGAGCGCAGAAGGCGCUCAUCGCCGGUGCAGAGAGGGGCGUGACCAGCUUCGGUAUCGCUCAAUUAGCUGGGGGAGGGACAGUAGUGGAGGCGGCCGCUUGA